AUGAUCUCUGCACUUUCAGUCUUAUUGCUCGCUUCUACCGCUACGGGCCGGGACAUAACAUUCCCACCUGUAGCAGGAUAUCAAUCUCCUAUGAUGCACGUCUCAGGUCACGAAGAUAUCGAUAUUACUGGAGCCAAGUUUGCAGGAUUGACUACAUUCGCCAAUCUCCCGUAUGUUCACUGUCUUGAUGAGAGCGGCUCUGAGAAGUACGACAUUGCCAUUCUAGGUGCUCCGUUCGACACUGGCGUGACCGCCAGGCCAGGUGCUAGAUUUGGACCCAAUGGAAUUAGGACAGGAUCUCGUCGUAUUCACCCGGAUGCUGCUUGGAGUAUAUACAACGGAAAGAAUGUAUUUAAGGAUUGGGCUACGAUAGUCGACUGUGGAGAUGCACCUUUGACGGUAUUGGACAACACGGUGGCUUUGAAGCAGCUCGAUAUGGCACACAAGAUCGUUUCAAGCCGAGCUACCAAUUCGAGUGACUACACCGUGCCGCGACUUGUCACAUUGGGUGGUGACCACACCACGACACUGUCUGCCUUGAGAUCUACCUUUAAAUCUUGGGGUGCCGUGAGUGUGAUCCACUUCGACAGCCAUAUUGAUACCUGGGAUCCUGAGGUUCUCGGAGGAGGUGUGUCGCAUUAUGCUGGAGUCAACCACGGCACCUUCCUUCACAUUGCCCACGAAGAAGGGCUGAUCAGAAACACGUCGAUUCACGCAGGAAUAAGAGCACCUGUUAUGAACAAGAAGCACGAUGUCAAGAACGAUCGCAAGUGUGGGUUUGACAUAAUCACAGCGAGGGACAUGGACAGGAUCACGCCUCAGGGAGUGAUCGAAAAGCUCAAGCGUCGCGUUGCUGGAACGAAGGUCUAUAUUAGCGUGGAUAUUGACGUGCUUGACCCAGCCUAUGCCCCUGCUACUGGUACAGCAGAAGUUGGAGGAUGGACUACUCGAGAACUUCUAACAAUUCUCGAUGGCUUGUCUGGGUUGGAUAUUAUUGGUGGAGAUGUUGUGGAAGUGGCACCAAUCUACGACAAUGCUGGCGAGCCAACAACAUUGGCAGCAUCAGAGGUGGUCAUGUCUCUUUUGCAAUUGAUGGUGGAUCAACCUGUCAAGGCAGGACAAGAGUAG